AUGUCUGAGUGUGACACAUCACGUGAUGAUCUGCAGAAGGAGGUUGACGGAUACUUGGUCCGACCUCUUCCGAUACCAAUCUUGGCACGCAAGAUUGGCCGGACUGCUCUGUCGGUGAUUGGUGGUGAACUCCCCGUCACUGUGCAGGAACUUGCCAAGCGGGCCUACCUAUACACGCUGGAUCCACUGCGGAAUCCUGUGAAGGAGGUUUACGAUGCUUCAAGUUCCGUCUUGGAGAUGCCUCCCAUGCUCGGCAUAUUCAACGAUAUUCCCACCCAUAAGAUGCGCGAAGAUGAGGUCGCUGCCUGGGCUCGUGCCGGGUUUUCGUUCAUCGUAUCAGAUGCGGAGCAUCGGCAGAUAUCUGGUUGGCAGGGUAGGGAGGAGAAUGCGAUGAUCGCAAGAGCUGGCAUGCUCCCUGUGCAGAGACUUCACAGGGAGGCAGUGUCUCAGCAUGGUGAUGCGCUGCAGCUGGGGGCGCGUGCUACCAUGCGGCCUUAUGCUACAAAGCUCUUUGAGGCAGAGCAGUAUUUCGACAGCAUCACCUUUCCUCCUGGCCGGCCGGGGACGGCCAGUAAGGACUCAAGGGGCGGAUACCCGACCAGACUUGGCGAUCGUACGCUUUGCUUUACUCCUAACAGUCUCCGAGCCUCGGAAAGCGAGACACAGGGAUGGCUGCAGUUCGAGACAAGCGAGUACAUCCUCAACGCCGAGAUCCGUGACUCUGUUCUUGACCUGAUGUGUCGGCAAGGUCCAGGAAGAGCCGUUGGCUUCGUUGGACCCUUUGAUGCCGUCAUGCGUGACGGCAUUCAUCCGAGCAUGUCGUCUGGCAUGAAUCAGCUCUUUCAAGAGGCAGCCAGGCGAGGUGUCGUGAUGGGGCGAGUGUGUGGGUCUGGUGUUAUCUCGGACCCAAGCGACAUCGAGGAUGCCAUCGUAGAGGCCAUUCAGCAGGGGAGCCGGCUCAUUUCAGUACAUCGCUUCACCUCCGAUCUGCCCUUCUUUGGAGCACGUGCAGUGGCCGAACCAUUCUGGCGGGGGACUGGGGAGCAGGAAGGGCGGGCCGAGGCCUGGGUGGCAGUGUGCGGAGAGGAGAUCGGAAAGGGGGCUCUUCGUACACUGGUGGAUCUCGUGAAGUUAUCACUGUCAAGGACAGCAUCCAGCAGCGCUACCUGGUAUCUGUCUGAGUUCACUGACAUUGACUGUCUUGGUCACCGACAAAUGGACUUUGCCGCUGCUCGAAAGAGCUCGGCCCUCGGGGUCUGCCACAUCGAUGAUUUGCUGAAAGAGCGGAUAGCGCUCGUCGAGUCCCUGGAUGCGCCACGCGAGGCCCUGCCUUUGGAUGCAGUGUACUUUUUGGCGCCCAGCUUGGAGAACAUGGACCGCUUGGUGGAGGAGCUUUCCACCAAGUCUGCGAAGUAUCGAAGCUCCCAUAUCUUCUUCUCCCAUCGCCUCGAGGAUCUAAUGCUGCAAAGACUGGCAGAGUCCCUGGAGGCGGUAUCAAAAAUUUCAACGUUUUCGGAGCUCAACCUCAGCAUGCUGGCCUACGAUGACCACUCCUUUCACAUGCAGGACCAUGGUGACAGCUUAAAGGGUCUGCUGGGCAUCGCUUCGCAAGAGGCUUUCGACUGGAAGCGAGCUGGAUGUUGUCUGGCCACGCUCUUCGCAACACUGGGGCAGGAACCGAGGGUGCUCUGCGCAACGCCCGGCGGAAACGAGGGCCAUUGCGAGCGCCUUGCGCGAGAGGUUUGCAUCAGGCUGGAGGAAAUGGAGGCUAGGGGGGGUGCACCCUGGAGGAGCCGUGCAUCCUCGGAGACCUGUUCGCUUUUGAUCGUGGACCGCGCAGCUGGCUGUUGUCUAUUGUAG